GCAGCCAUCGACAAGUAUGAAUCAGUACCGGAGCGAAAAACAGCUUGCAUAUCUGUAUCCGAUUAUCGCCACCUUAUCUUUCGUGUGCUGCAUAUCAACUACCGUAGCAUGGCAUCACUGGCGGUAUGUUCUGGAUACCUGUGUUGAGACAAACUGCGGCUGUAUUUUGCAUGGUCGAUCAACACCGACACACUUCACCGGGGGACAUGUCGCGUACUGCCAUUGGGCAGCGUACGGAUUGGUCUUACCCAUAAUAUUCUGCUUCAUAUUUGGAAUAUUUCAUGUCUUCCGGGUGUGCUUUGGACGACGCAGACGUUAUCCGGAAACAGCCACUGUUAGGCAGAGAUCCGGAGACUUAAUAGUAAUGACUACCAAGACCGAUGUGGAACAGGACGACAUAAAUCCAUACUAUUGGAUUCCGGCCAGCGUGAUCGGAAGUUUAAUGGCAGUUCUCACGCUUGUGCAUGCCGCAAUGUAUUUGGAUGGAUUUUUGAACACAUGCAAGCAGCAACGCAACGAACUAAUCAAGUACAUGCAGGCUAACGGAAGUUUGGUGCCAAUUAUCCAGAGUCGAAUUUCGUGUUCAUCUGUGUUUGAUUUUAUGGACUAUUUGCAUCAAGACGUUGCAUUUGAUAGACGCCGCGAGGGAAGGAUCAACACGGCAGCGGCACUUAUAAUUGGUCUGGUCUGUUCGUGGGUCUGUGUUGGACUAUGGAUUUGGACGGUGGUUAUUAAUGCCAGACGCGCACGUGCCAGUAAAAACAUGCGCAUUUAA